GAAGGCCAACAGUAACUUACGGAAGCAAAACUUCGAUCUCCUGGAGGAGCUGCAGGUGGCUAAUGGGAAGAUCCAAAACCUGGAAGCCAUGAUUGAAGUCCUGCUUAACAACGAAGGCAAACUGAAGCAGACCAUCGUCACUCUGGAACGGGAAGGGAAAGCGAGGAUCGAAACUCUCACGGAACUCCACACGCAGCCCGCCAACUCCGGUGGGAAAACUCUUCCCUCCGAGCCGGGACGCACAAAUGCCGCUAACUGAGAAUGUAAGACUCAGCGUAGGAGGAGGGGGGAAAAGGGAGCACCAUUUUUUCUUGAGCAACUCCUAAAAUUUUACGUAUCGUCCAGGACUUGCCUUUUCUCUGUCUUCCCUUUUUCUCAAUCCUUGUUGCACAGAAGGGGAAAGUGUGACAGCGCUUACUCAACGUGUUAGGCCUCGCUCGUCUACGUCCCAGAGUCUUUCACGGAGUACACAUACGGAGGAGUAGAACAACUCACAGGACGGCCUUCCAGCUUUGCUCUGGUUUGACACACAUUUCCACCUGGUUGUAAACCUCCGGAGUUCUUUCCCUUACAAUAACCCGCUUUUCGUUCGAAGUGUUUCACCGUAGUUCGCACCCAAAGCGUUUGGGGGAAAUUCCAGGCUGAACCUCACGGGCUGCAAAACGUCUCAAGGAAUUUCAGUUUUAGAAACACGCCGGAGUGAUUUUCUUUCCUAUUUGAAGGGGCUACGCGGUACUCAUUUAUGACCGAAUUUCUUUCUCCAAAGCGAAAAAGUGUGUUCUACCCACUUACAGGGUGUUUUUAAAACUUCACCGACAUUGCGAACCCCAAAGAAGGCGAACGUCAACCUUUAAUUUGGGGGAUUACUCUUGAUUGGUGCCAAUGUGAUAAAUAUGGAUAUUUGUUACUUUUAAUCAAAUGCUUUGAGAUCAGGGUUCAAGGCGAUAUCGUUCCCUUCUCUCUGCAUUGGCAGAGUCUGAAGCUUUCGUAUCUUUAUAGUUUAUGCCUUAAAAUGUUGUUUUAUUUAUUUUUUUGAUUCAUUGUGCCACACGCCUUUGUUUUCUGAAUGCAAAGCUAGUCAUUUCCCAUUUUAAUCCCAGUAGCUCAGUCCAGAUAUCAAGCAAUUGUAGUUGUAGAACAUUUCAAACAUCACCCGUUAAAAAUUCCGGAGCCACCAACAAAUAAAGAUAUUCCUAUACGUUGGGGCACUUAGAAGCUUAUUAUACUGAACAAGAUUAUGGUUUUAAAACAGUUUUAUUUUUUUAAAUAGGUAGUUUUGUUGUUUGUCAUGAGGAGCGCAGGCAUUGUUGUCCACUUCAGGGUAUUUGGCAAAUAUACUAGGAUUCAUCACUGUGCUAUCACAAUUUUAAUCAGAGUAUUGGUUACGAUCACAUUUGCGAUUCUAUAAUUUGCACGUUGGUGAUUUUAAAAGUUUUAACCUAGUUAAGCAAUGAUGAUGAGACUCACUGAGUGGUUUGCCACGGAUUGAAGUAAAUCUGCACUUCGAGGCGUAUCUGCACUACAAAUGUAACUUGAUUUAAUAAUUGUUUCAUCCUGGGAAGGGAAAAACAAUUCCAUUUUUAGGAGGGCAUAAUGGUCUCUGAAAGAUAAUUUUAAAUAUCCUUGUCAAAUUAAUUCAUUUGCAUAACAAAGCAUAACAAUCCAGAACCUUUCCCCCCGCCCACGUGAUAUAGUGUGGUUAUUUUUUAAAUAAGAAUUGACUGCAUUAAAUAAGCAAUGUUCUCUGUUUUUUUUUUUAAAGUUACACUGGCUCCUUGGAAAAUAACGGUUGAAAUUCAGCAUGUGGUUUUUGCAUUGAUAAAUAUUGGAAAUGACAAUCUCAUUGACUUUGCUGUUGUUUUGUUGAUUUUAAGGCAUCAUCACCCACAUGUUUAUAUUGUUGUU